AUGGCCCCCUCCAGCAGCACCGACAUGAAGCCUCUGGAAAGUACGACCACGGAGAGCACUACCACGAUGCGCCUGAGGGGCGCCAGCUACCACUCCGUCAUCCUGGGCUUCCUACUCGCCAGUGGUACGAGCGCCGCACUUUCCCUGGUCAAUGUGAUCAUCAAGCGGCUCGAGAAGGUGAGCACACUCGAGGUGCUUACCUUCAUGGCGUUCGGCGUCUUCAUCGGUAUCCUUCCCGUGGCCACCGUGGAAGUACAGCCGUUCGGACCGAGGCGAGCCCAGCCGCUUCUAUUCGUGAGGACCGUUCUGUCGCUGGCGUCGGCAACGUUGAGGCUCCUGAGCAUGUCCUACCUGACUGUGGCCGACUCGUCCAUCAUGACCAGCCUCACUCCGCUCAUGGUCGGUCUCACGGCGACGCUUUUCCUCGCCGAGCGUUGUCACUGGACCCGGGCAGUAGCGGCAGCCCCUUCCCUAGUUGGACUCAUCCUCGUGAUGAAGCCUCCGUUUCUGACAGCCGCCACCGGUUCGAUGGCGAAGACGCAGUACAUCGGUAUCGCCUACGGGCUCAGUCAUUCGGUCAUCAACGGCGUCACCACCAUGUGCAUACGGGCGACGAAAGGAGUGUCGCGGAGCGUCGUGGUCUUUCACUACGGCUGCCUCUCGAUGCUUCUGGUGUCCAUUGUGUCCAUAGCCAUGGGUCGCCUCACGGUGUUCUACGACGGCUCGCAGAUCGGAUGCCUGCUGCUCAUUUCUCAUCUCACGUUCGCUCUCCAGAUGUUUUUGAGCAAGGCGCUGCAGGUGGAGAGCGUGUCUUUUGUGACCAUCGUGAAGACGUCGUCGGACGUGAUUUUUGGAUUCAUAAUGCAGGCUGUCUUCUUGAACGUGUAUCCGGACACGUUCAGCCUUACCGGUGGUUCCCUCAUCCUCUGUGGCGUCUUGAUUAUCGGCCUACGGAAGAUCGCUGUAGCCGCCGAACCAGAAAGCAGCAUCAGACACAGGCUGAAGUUUCUGCUCUGAGAUUAAAAAUAAAGUUCUACUGAGAU